CCGGGCGGGAGGCAGCAGCAACAGCAUUAGCGGUAUUAUCAUCACCAUCCUCAGCAGCAUCGUUUGCAGGAGCAGCAGCUGCAGCCUCGAGCUCUCGUCGUGCGCUGGCCGGUGCGGAGCGGCUCGCCUGUGCCAGGUGGCUGCUCCUCGCAGGUGUCCGCUCGCUCCUCCUUUGCGUGAGCGACGCAGCCGCUCUCCGGUGGCUCUGCCCGAACCCCCGGCUUUGCGGAAAGUUGCUGCCCCACAGCUCUUUCGGUGCAGCCUUCGCCCCAGGAUACUCCUAAUAGUUAUUCAUAUCCAAGACAGAGUAUAUAAUGGGGAGAAAACUGGAUCUUUCUGGCUUGACUGAUGAAGAAGCAGAGCAUGUGCUUCAGGUGGUUCAGCGAGAUUUCAGCCUUCGCAAGAAAGAAGAAGAAAGGCUGAGUGAAAUGAAGCAGAAGUUGGAUGAAGAAGGUAACAAGUGUAGCAUCCUUUCCAAGCAGCAGAAGUUCAACGAGCACUGCUGUAUUCGCUGCUGUUCGCCUUUCACAUUUCUUAUCAACAGCAAGCGACAAUGCCAAGACUGCAAGUACAACAUCUGCAAGAGCUGUAGCUCUUACCAGAAGAAGGAGAAGGCUUGGAUCUGCAGUGUCUGCCAGCAAGCAAGGCUCCUAAGGACCCAGUCUCUGGAUUGGUACUAUAAUAAUGUCAAAAGCCGCUUUAAGUGUUUUGGAAGUGCCAAAGUCCUGAAGAAUUUAUACAAGAAACACAGGCUGGAGAGCGGAGUUUGUCCUGAUGUAAUAGAAGGAGGUUUUUUUGAAGGAAGCUUUGAAAAUGAAGGAAGCAUUUGUGGCAGUGACUCUACGUUCUACCGACAGACAGAAGGACACAGCAUGAUGGAUACCCUUGCUGUGGCCUUACGUGUUGCAGAGGAAGCAGUGGAAGAAGCCAUUUCUAAGGCAGAGACCUACAGUGACAGCCUGGACAAGCAGAACGAGGCUUGUUACUUGCAGGAACACAAGGAGGACCUCAUAGAAGAGUUGGCCACAACCAUCGUGCAGAAGAUUAUAAAGAAGCAAAAAAGCAAAACAGAGCAGGCUGAGGCUGACCUUGAAUGGCCACCAUCUAGGAGCAGUGGCCUAGCGUCUGUUGCUGUCUCAGAUCAGAGUAUGCUGACUUUUCCAGGGAGCCGCAGGGGGUCCUACACAUUGUGGAGGUCUCAGUCUGCAUUCUCCUUGGCUAGUGAAGAUAUGCCCAGUAAAGGACUAGACCCUGCAUCAUCUGUGACUGAGGCUCUUUGGAAGCAGCAAAAAGAUCAAUUUAAGAAACAGAAGGAACACAAGCUCUCUGCAUUACCCAGCUGGAAGAGUGUGGACAGGCUAAAUGAAACAAAUCCGCCUCCUGUUUUUCAAAGCACUGAUGGAAACUGGGUAGCUUUGCAGAAUGUCACUUUGCCUCGUCCUCGAAUGCUCGCCAAACCAAAGAGUCAGGUCUUCGAAGCUUUGGAGAAUGAAUCCAGCAUUGUGUCUGCCUAUGAUGAGAUGGGCUCAGACAGCGAGGAUGACUAUGAUUGGAAUGUGGCCUUGAACAAGCUGCGUCGGAAACCUCGACAAUUACCAGAUGAUUUCUAUUAUCCCAAUUCCCAACAUGGUACUGAAUGGGUUUAUGGCAAUGACCAGUACCAGGCAGUGACCUCGCCUUCCUCUGGGUUAUACACCAAUACUGAGACACUGUUUUCUGAUUCUGAAACAUCUUCAGUAAACUCUUCCCAGGAAGCUAAGGAACCUAACAAACUUCUCUGGUUACAAAGCAGGACUCUAAGUGAUAUACCUAGAGUGGAAAAAAAACAUUUCCACGGAGAACUGGAUGUAAAUUUCAAUCCACAGGCAACCAGCUUGGAGUAUUCAGACAGCAGUGAGACUGAAGAAGUCCAUUAUGAUUUAGAAAAGAGAUCAAGAAGGUGGAGGAAGAAUAAAGCAAUUUCUGAAGAAUUAUGUGAAGGAAAAAAUUGCACAAAACCCAACAAGAUGAAUUUAAGUCAGGAUUUUGAUGAUUUAUCAGAAACAGAUAUAAGCAGUGAGGAUCAGCAUCAUAACAUCAAGCCUGACCUUAUGGGAGAGGAGCUUAAAUCCAGGUUAUUUCAGCUUGCUGCUAAAAUGAGUGAGAAGGAAACAUCUUCUGGUGAAGAACAAGAGCCAGAACCUAGAACAGAACCUGAAAACCAACAGGAGAGUUUGUCCUCAGAGGAAAAUGGCAGAAGCAUUCAGGAAGAAUUAAAGAAGGCUUUUGAUCUUCAUUUAAAGUUGCAGUUUUUAUCCUCUGUAUUGCAGCAGAAGUACUCUGCUGUCUCUCUCUGCAACAUAUCUACAGAGGUCCUGAAAGUCAUCAAUGCCACUGAAGAACUGAUAGCAGAAUCCACUGGUCCGUGUGAUUUCCCAACUGAUGUUCAGGACAGAGGAAGAGGGACAUUCCCACUGGGGAUGGACCCCAUCAGACUCGACGAGCAGCUCACCACACUGGAAGAAAAUGUGUACCUGACAGCUGGCACGGUGUAUGGGCUGGAGGGGCAGCUGACCAACUUGGAGGACGCCGCACGCAAAAUCAACAGUGUCACAGAAGAAUCUGAGCUGGCAGACCUGGAGGAUCAGGUGGCCACAGCAGCCGCUCAGGUUCAUCACGCAGAGCUUCAGAUUUCAGAUAUUGAGAGCAGAAUAUCAGCUCUCACUGUUGCAGGCUUGAACGUGGCUCCAUGUGUUCGCUUGACAAGGAAACGGGAUCAAAAGCAAACAAACCAGAUGCAUACAAUAGACACAUCAAGACAGCAGAGGAGAAAACUUCCAGCUCCACCGAUAAAAGGUGAAAAAAUAGAUGGUUCUCCAGUUACCACUGUCAGAACAUUUAACAGAAACUUCAUGCUUCAAGGAUCUCUAACACAAAGAACUAAAGAGAGGAAAAGCACUGCCAAGGACUUAAUGGAACCUGCUAUAGGAUCUGCUGUGAUGUACUAAACCUACAAUUCCCUACUGCCAAUAACACACUGCCUAAGGCUGUACACUAGAGUGCCUUUACUUAACAGCCAUUGUGUUUGUCCAGCUGAAAAUGGACACUCAAGAACCCACAAUGCCUCAGUUAUAGGGCUUCGUUUGGAUACCUCACUGAGAAAGCUGUCCAAGUCUUCAGCAUUGUGGUUUGCUAUAGGAAACUCUGCCUUAAAGUUCUCAGAAGACUCUUGAAAGGAUGCUGAGUUUCAAAAGCAAGGCUCCACAUUUUAAGAUGCACUUUUUCUCCCCAUUGAUUGUACUAAAGUAUGUUGUCUUUAAACUUCAGUAUGUUUUUGUAGACUGAGUCAAUCAUAAUUAUAGGCCAAUAUUCUGUGCAAAAAGACAGAACAAAGCAGACCUGUGAUACAUAUUUGCUGGCCUCCUACCAUUCACGUAGACAUCCAUCUUGUCAAGCAAUAAGAACAACUCUGUGCAGUAUAUGCUGCUUUUCAGCUGCAUGGUGGGAGUGGAGAAUCAGUGUACCUAGCUCUGCUCCUAGUGAGUCAGUGGAAGUUCUGACAGGGUUUGUAGGAGGAGAUGCGCAAAGGUUUCUCUGUUCACUGAGGGUACACUUGGCAGAGUUAAUGUUCUAGCUCCAAAACUAGGUAUUCUGUUCUUGGCAGCAGGGGGAACAUGGGUGUCAUGCUGAACUGUUAACUGGUGGCAGCACAUGUGGACCACGUGUCUGCUGAGUUACGAUCCUGGUGUUUGGAAAUAUCUCAAUGCUGCUGUAAAACCCACACCUUUGUAUGUCUUGUUCUUAGUAGCAUUGUCUGCUUGGUAGUGUCCAACCAUGCUGUAGUUCAGAAUCAGUUCUGAACAAAUCUUUAAGACUGGAAAAAGAAUGUAAAAGCAUUGUGGAUGAAACCUCUGCUGACUGGCUGGUUAUAGAGUGGCUGCAACCUGCAAGAGAUUCCCUUCUGCACUUCCCUGGCUUUUCUGAGGAAAGGGAAAAUGUAGCCCAGAUGUUUCUUCCUUUAUUAGUCUGUAGCUGAUAUGGAAUAGCUGGGGCCUGGCACUGGUGCCAUGCGCACCCCACUACCAUUAGACCACUCUGAAUUGGAUUGUGAAUAGUAAAAUUUCUUCCUGCGUUUCUUGAGACUUUUGAAAGGCGAGCCAAACCAGAAUGCCCUCAAGCAGAUGCCCAGAAGGGAAGAUGCUGCUUACAGGGUGUACGUCUCACCCUGUUUAGGGAAGACCUUGUCAAUUUAUGGUACUUUUUGCUCUGAAGAAUACAAAGGAGGUUAGGUAGAGGAGGUGAUAAGCCAGUGAAUCCCUUAUCUUCCACACAAAGUGCAGAGCAGGUACCCAAAUGCGGACUAGGUUGAUGUGAAACGUGCUACGAACAAGGCCAUGGGCUGGCAAGUUCCACCUCAGCGUUAA